AUGGCGGCGUCCACGGCGGAGGUGCUGGCCCCUUUGGUGACUGCGCUGUAUGAGGCGCAGGCUUUCAAAUUCGGAAACUUCUUGCUCAAAAGCGGGCUGUCGUCCCCCAUCUACGUGGACCUGCGCGGGAUCGUUUCCAGACCGCAGCUCCUCACCCAGGUUGCAAAUAUCUUGUUUGAAACUGCUCAAAAUGCAGGGCUCAGUUUUAACACUGUUUGUGGUGUGCCAUAUACAGCUUUGCCUUUGGCAACAGUCAUCUGCUCAACCAACCAAAUUCCAAUGCUCAUUCGGAGGAAGGAGACAAAAGAUUAUGGUACUAAACGUCUAAUAGAAGGAACAAUUAAUCCAGGAGAAACCUGUUUGAUCAUUGAGGAUGUGGUGACCAGUGGUUCUAGUGUUUGGGAAACUGUUGAGGUCCUUCAGAAGGAAGGUUUGAAAGUCACAGAUGCCAUUGUGCUGCUGGACAGAGAGCAGGGAGGCAAGGCCAAAUUGCAAGAGCGGGGUAUUCACUUACAUUCUGUGUGUACUUUGUCAAAGAUCCUAGAGAUUCUUGAACAACAACAAAAAAUUGAUGCUGAUAUGGUUGGGAAAGUGAAGAAGUUUAUUCAGGAGAACACCUUUGUAGCUGCUGAGCAGAAUAGUACAGUACCUACAGAACUUAGUUUUGGCAUGCGUGCCCAGCUCCCUGGGAUCCAUCCAAUAGCAUCAAAACUUCUCAAGAUUAUGGAAAAGAAGCAGACCAACUUGUGUCUUUCUGCUGAUACUACUGAAGCCAAAGUGCUGUUGAAUCUGGCGGCCACUCUUGGUUCCCACAUCUGUAUGCUGAAGACUCACGUAGAUAUUCUGAGUGAUUUCGAUCUUGGGGUUAUGGAGGAAUUGAAAGCUUUAGCAAAACACCAUGAAUUCUUAAUAUUUGAAGACAGAAAAUUUGCUGAUAUAGGAAACACAGUGAAAAAACAGUAUGAAGGUGGUGUUUUCAAAAUAGCUUCCUGGGCAGAUCUAGUAAAUGCUCAUGUGGUGCCAGGCCCGGGAGUUGUGAAAGGCCUGAGUGAAGUGGGGAUGCCAAUACACCGAGGCUGCCUCCUGAUUGCAGAAAUGAGCUCUUCUGGGUCCUUAGCCACGGGUGACUACACUAAAGCAGCUGUGAAAAUGGCUGAAGAACAUUCAGAGUUUGUAAUUGGUUUUAUUUCUGGUUCAAGAUUGAGUAAGAAACCAGAAUUUGUUCAUUUGACUCCAGGUGUCCAGUUACAAGCUGGAGGGGAUAAUCUUGGCCAGCAGUAUAAGAGCCCUCAAGAAGUUAUUGGUAAACAAGGUUCUGACAUCAUCAUUGUGGGCCGUGGCAUAUUGACAGCCUCAGAUCAUCUAGAAGCAGCUGAAAUGUACAGAAAAGCUGCCUGGGAAGCCUACUUGGCUAGACUUGGUGUUUGAGCCUCACAAAUACUUUUUUUUACUUUCUUAAAAUAUUACUUCUCAAAUUCCUUAACCUCAUUGACCAUAGCACAAGAUCAAAAUUGUAAAGACUAGGGGAGUUGCCAGGCACUCAAAUAUGUAACAACUCAGUCACUCCAUGGUAAUAAAUACCUUCUAAAAUAGG